AUGGCGUCGCCGUAUCCUGGUGUCGCGCCACCGCCGCCCGGUGUAGUUCCGGACUUGGAACACCCGCAGGACGGCUAUCGGUCGCUUUUGGUCGGGUGGCUCGCAACAAGUAUUGCCCUGUCGACGUUUUUCUUUUUCAUGAGAGUAUACGGAAAAGUGUUUGUCAUGAAGAACGUUUUACGAGAAGAUGGCGAGUCUUUGUUGUCAGAGUGUCUCGACUCCUGUGUUGACCUUCGUUCUAGUCACCUGUGCCCUAGCCUGGGUAAGCAAGGACUGGAGGUGCUCUGUAUCCUUCGAGCUGAAUCACUAAUACGAGACUACAUACAGAGUCUUUUUAUGAUAUACACUGCAUUUAGCUCCAUCAGCGUCAAGUAUGGCCAAGGCCACCACGCCUGGGAGGUCUCACUAGAAGACAACUCCAACAUGCGCAAGUGGCUAUACGCAGGCACAGUCGUCUACUGUCCCGCCUCGUACUCUACCAAAGUCACCCUCCUCCUCAUCAUAGCCCGCAUCUUCGCCGUCCGGCCCUUUGUCGCCCGCGGCAUCUACAUCUUCAUGGCGCUCCUCUUCGUCGCCUACUUUCCCAUCCAGAUGGUCAAGAUCCUCGUCUGCAACCCGAUCCGAGCGUACUGGGACAUGAGCGUCCCCGGCACCUGCCGCAACCAGACCCAGCUCUUCUACGCCGACAUCUCCCUCGCCAUGAUUACCGACCUCUUCAUCCUGAUCCUCCCAAUACCACUGACGUGGAACCUCGAGGCGCCCCGGUCCAUGAAGAUCAAGAUCAUGCUGCUGCUCGGCGCCGGAGGCAUCGCGACGGCCGUCACGACCUACCGGCAGGUCCUUGCAGUCCACUUCAUGCACACGAAGGACCCGACAGCCGAUUUUGCUGUAAUUAUUGUCACGGUCCUGCUCGAGCUCUCGAUUGGCCUCGUCUGCUCGUGCUUGCCCGUCUUCAACAUGCUCGCCGAGCGAUGGAAACCUCCACAACUCUUCAACUUCAAGGGCCGCAAGGCCAAGGUUAGCGAUCCGAAUAACAACCUCACGUCCAUAAUCACCAUUGGCAAAAUCGCCCACCGAGACGGUGUUAGAAAGCGACCUGAGACGGACCUGGAGGGCUCAUUUGAGCGACUGGAGGAUGGCAGUCUGCAGGGGUCGACGGUCAAUCUCGACAGCCUAAGCUCCAAGAGCGGCACGUUGCACUCACAGUGCAAGGAAGCGAACCAGCAAUGA